UAAUUUGAUGAUUUCUCACUUAGAUUUGAGAAAAUUGUUCUCUAUGAUGCCAAUAAUAAAUAUUUCACAUUGUGGACAGUUAAGUCAUUAUUCAUUAGAAUGUAAUUCUGAAAAAAUUACUUAAAUAUUAUGGAGAUUGUCAUUUUUUAAUUUUCGUUUUUCUAGAUUUCUCCGUGAAGUUGGUUUACCUGCCAUAGGAUUCUCUCCUAUGCCCAACACCCCGACCCUGCUGCAUGAUCAUAACGAGUUCUUAAACGAGGAUAUUUUUAUCAAGGGAAUAGAUAUAUUCGUCGACCUCAUAGCCAAUGUUGCUUCGGUUUAAAAAAAUGAAUAUUAUUUGUGGGACCACAUUUAUUUCUAUUGUAUUAACGUUUAUUUUGAUUUUGUCAAUACUUAUGUGAUCGUUUCAUCGUUUAUUUUGAUAUUUUAACAUAUUUUCUAUCUAUUAAUUAAAAACAAAAAAAAUUUCUUUUGGGAAAGAAGAAUCUGUGAUAUUUUGAGAAAUAAUGUUGAUUUUUCUUUUGUAUUUAUUUCCUGUUUGAUAUAUCUAAUAUAUCGAUGCUAUAUACUAGUCAAGUCAAUCAUAAAAUAAUUAUUUUUAAACCUACGUGGUAGGCAAGUUUGGGGAAUCUUACUUUCCAAAAUUUAUUAGUCGUUAGUCUAUAUUUAUACACAUUACGUGGCAAUAUUAAUAUAGUUGUAUGUAAUUGGGGACAAAAAUUAUAUUUUUGAAUAUUUAUAAUUUCAGAGAAGAAUGAAAUCUGUUUCUGGUUAAUUACUACAGGAUAGAGGAUUGAUAUGUAGACUGUAAAAAAAGGGUGAUGCAAUGGCGGGUGGAGCUGCUGCAGCUGCCUGUAUGACGGCGGAUAUAUCUCGCCGGAAUCCUCAGGACGAUUAUGAACUCAUACAAAGGAUAGGUAGCGGUACUUACGGAGACGUAUACAAGGCAAAAAGACUGUCUAACAAUGAGUUUGCGGCUAUAAAAGUUAUUAAGCUGGAGCCGGGAGAUGAUUUUGGAAUUAUACAGCAGGAGAUCCUUAUGAUGAAGGAUUGCGUUCAUCCAAAUAUAGUUGCGUACUUUGGAUCGUACUUGCGUAGAGAUAAAUUAUGGAUUUGUAUGGAGUGCUGUGGGGGUGGGUCUCUACAGGAUAUUUAUCAUAUUACAGGACCGCUCUCUGAGAAGCAGAUAGCAUACAUGUCCCGUGAAACCCUACAGGGUUUAGCCUACCUACACUCAAUGCAAAAAAUGCACAGAGAUAUUAAGGAAAUAAUCUUAGUCACGAAAAAAAUGGAUCUUUCUUUACUUUGCAGAAUACGGAAUUAUGAAAUUAUUGAAAAAUGCUGUGAAAAACUGAUUGAUAUUGGAACUCCAUACUGGAUGGCCCCAGAAGUAGCAGCUGUAGAGAGAAAGGGUGGAUAUAACCAUCUUUGUGAUAUUUGGGCAGUUGGGAUUACAGCUAUAGAGCUGGCUGAACUGCAGCCUCCAAUGUUUGACCUCCAUCCAAUGAGAGCUCUUUUCCUUAUGUCAAAGAGUGGUUAUAAACCACCGACUCUGAAAGAUAAGAACAAAUGGUCAGCAGAGUUUCAACAAUUUAUCAAAGAUUGCCUUGUCAAGAACCCAAAGAAAAGACCUCCUGCAGAACGAAUGCUGUGCCAUCAAUUCCUCCUUGCACCUGAUUUAUCCAAGAGACAAGCAGUGGAACUUCUAGCAAAGGUUCGGAACCCUGAUGCUCUUGUUCCUGUUUAUCAUAGUGAAGAACAGGAUGAGGAAGGGGGUUUGGUUAAUGUGCCCACAAGAAUUGCCUCCAAACAGACCAAGGCACAUGGUAGAACUAAGUCUGAAAUGAACAUGGAGUCCAUUAGUUUUGAAUCCCCACUUGUGACAGAGUUAACCCCUGACACGGGCACAGACAGACAAAGAAACCUUAACAAUCCCUGGAAUUCAGAUGACGGUGAUAAAACUUUGUCCCGUGAUGAAGCUCUGGACGUUGAAGAAGACCUUAGUACUGCCAUUGAUCAGGCAUUAGAGAGCUAUGACCUUGCAACCAGUUGGAUGGAGGGAGACGGGGAAAAGGAUGUUGUGAGAAAUAUUGAUGAUGAUUCAGACAUUUUUAAGUUCAAGCCAAUGUGGCCCAAAAGACAUUCGGUAUUAGUAAAUAUUCCUCCCCGUGACCAGCAUGAGGACCGUGGGAACAUUAGUCAGAAAGCAAGGAAAUUAAUGCAGCCUUUGAAACAUAACAUUCAUCUACAAAAAAUCAUGCCUUACAACUGGAAUAGCAUUUUCAAAGAUGAAGAAGUGGCGAAGAAGAAAAUCAGUAAAGAGUUCCUGGAUGACCCUCAUGGGUUUAUAAAGGGUCUAUGCUUACCUGAGCAAACAAUGUCAAGUGCUCAGUCAAGUCCAGAUUUAGAGGAACAAACAUUAAGUGGUAACUUGAUCAAUGGAUCUUUCUCUGAUCUGUCACUAUUUGAUGAGAUUUUUACCGAGCUUGGCAACACGCUUCCCAGGCACUGUGAUCAGAAACCUAAUUUGUCAGAUGUAGAAAUGGAAAACAGUGAAAACGAGCAAGCAAGGUCUAUGCUGCAGAAAAUAGAUGUUGAAUUAGAGUUGAGGGGUCACACAGGAGCAUCUUUAUCCAGAUAUGAGUCUGGAUACAGUGAUGGGUCAACUCUACGGAUGUCUGAUAGCAUUCCAAACCAUUCCCAGCACAGGCGGAGAUCCUCCGGUCCAGAGCCUGUAGAACUGUCUUCCACUAGUCUAAACCAACUAAACUUAUCUUCGCCACAGACAAGGCAUAGAAGCUUGUCCGACAGUCGUGCCCAGGAUGGGAGACAAAACGGUUCAAAUUCUCCUCAUCCUCCACCCAGACGAAGAGAACGAACCUCCUCCUCUAAAAGAGCUACCUCUCCUCCCUCCCCUCCGAAAGCCACCUCCAACGGGUUGCCUCCGACUCCUAAGGUUCACAUGGGUGCCUGCUUCUCUAAGGUGUUCAAUGGAUGUCCCUUGAAGAUCAACUGCACGGCUAGCUGGGUUCAUCCAGAUACACAUAAUCAACACAUACUGGUGGGAGCUGAGGAGGGAAUUUAUACUCUGAAUCUGAAUGAGUUACAUGAGAACGCGAUGGAUCUUCUCUACCCUAGGAGAACAGUCUGGAUGUUUGUUAUCAAGGAUGUUCUAAUGACACUUUCAGGAAAAACUCCAAGUUUAUUUCGCCACGAUCUAGUUGGACUUCAUGCUAACAGUAAACAGAAUCAUAGGUUCACACUCUCAGUUAAUGCAAUGACCAAGAUUCCUGAAAAGUUUGUUCCUAAGAAGUUCAGUAUGACAACAAAAGCUCCAGAUACUAAAGGAUGCACUAAAUGUUGUGUAGGAAGGAAUCCAUAUAAUGGCUAUAAGUAUCUGUGUGGAGCUCUACCUGGUGGUGUAUUCCUAAUGCAGUGGUAUGAUCCUCUUAAUAAGUUCAUGCUUCUCAAACACUUUGAGUGUUCAAUAUCAAACCCACCCAGAGUGUUUGAGAUGAUAAUAACUCCUGACCUAGAAUAUCCAAUUGUGUGCGUAAAUGUUAGGCGGGGAUAUGAUGGAAGGAGUUUAAAACUAGACAUGAUCAAUCUAAACUCAAAUAUGUGUUUAAGGCGGGGAUAUGAUGGAAGGAGUUUAAAACUAGACAUGAUCAAUCUAAACUCAAAUAGUUCCUGGUUCCACAGUGACGAGCUGGAGGAUCAGGAUGGAACCCAGACUGUGAUACCAAGACAUGAACUGAUGAAUAUUGUGUCAGUUACACAACUAGAGAAGGAUACUAUACUAGUCUGCUACGACAAUAUGGUGAAAGUUGUGAAUCUGCAGGGGAAACUUAAAUCAAACAAGAGACAAGCAUCAGAACUACAUUUUGAUUUUAGCAUUAAUUGUAUAGUUUGUUUAACAGACAGUGUUUUGGCAUUUCAUAAACAUGGGAUGCAGGGACUUCCACUGAAACUAAGAUGA